GCGGGGGGACCGGAGCUGCCGGCGGCUCCCCGGAGGGCUCAGCACGGGGCCGGGGAUGAGGGAAGCCCCCGGCGGUACAGGGAACGGUGCAGCGGGUGGAGAGGUGUGAAGGACGGGAUGGAACCGUAUCCCUCCGCGUUAUCCCCGAGUUACAGCAGUGCGAGGAGCGGCCGCCAGGGGGAGCCAGAGACACCGGGUUACAGCAGCGCUGCAGUGCGAGGAGCGGCCGCCAGGGGGAGCCAGAGACACCAACAUCCAGAGACACCGGGUUACAGCAGCGCGCGGAGCGGCCGCCAGGGGGAGCCAGACACACCGACAUCCAGCAACACUAUCAGCCGGUUAUAGCAGUGAGGGGAGCGGCCACCAGGGGGAGCUAGAGAUAGCCGACGUGUUUGGUGCGUUUUGCAAACUAAGUUAUGGAUCUGUCGACUCGCCGAGACACCAGAGGAAGACGAUACCAAGCUCCUCACACUCCGGAUUCCUCCGUAUCCUCCGACUAUGUCCCACAGAAAGUGGACACCACCCCUCUGCCCCCCAUUAAUGAGCGUCUGGCUUACCUCCGUCCUUCCCGGGAACUGCUGGAGUAUUACCGCAGGAAGAUUGCAGAGUUUGAUGAGGAGCAUGAAGAUCUGGCGAAGAGAUUGGAGCAGUAUAAGGGCACAUAUGAGGAGCAGCACAAGCUGCAGUGGGAGAUGCGUCAGAGAGAGGAGGAGAUUGCGGAGCUGCAGAAGGCGCUGAGCGAUAUGCAAGUGUACCUGUUCCAGGAGCGGGAGCACGUGCUGCGGCUCUACUCGGAAAACGACAGGCUGAAAAUCAGAGAACUAGAGGACAGGAAGAAGAUCCAGCAACUUCUUGCAUUGGUUGGAACCAGCAGUGGAGAAGUUACUUAUUUCCAUAAGGAACCACCGAACAAGGUCACCAUACCCCAGCGCCCCAUCCAAUCUGGAGAUCCGCAUGAAAGGAAACCGCAGCGGCCAGGAGCAGCCGGGAAACGGGGGAUAAUUAAACCAACUGGGAAGAGUGAGCGGGCUCCACACAAACCUGACGACCAAACACUUCUGCUCCAGGUGGAGGCACUGCAAGCCCAGCUAGAGGAGCAGACCCGCCUCUCCAAAGAGCAGGUGGAGGCCCUCUUGGAUGACCGGAGGAUCCGUAUGGAAGAGGCAGAGGUGCAGCACCAGAGGGACCAGGACAAAAUCAAAGGGAUGACCGAUAAGUUGAACAAGACACAGAAACUCCUGUAUGAGAGCACAAGGGACUUCCUACAGCUGAAGUUUGAAGGCCGAGCCAAUGAGAAGUCGUGGAUGGCAGAGAAGGACCGGUUGCUGCAGGAACUGGAUCGCUGCCGGGAGCAGCUGGUCAGGAGCCGUGACCCGGAGCGCGAGAGGGAGCAAGAGGUGGAGAUCCUCCGACUGUCACAGGCUGACCGAGCUGCUCGGGCGUCACGUAGCGAGGAAGUGAAGAACCUUACGGAGCAGCUUGCGCAAGCUCACCGGCUGUCUGACAUGUACCGGGAGCAGUGCGUGGCCCUGGAGGAUGAACUAGGGAAGAUCCGGGAGGAGGGAGACGUGGGACGAGAAAUCUUCAAGGAACGCUCUGAUAAAGUGGCCAAACGCCUGCAGCUGAUGACUCAGCGCUACGAGGCUCUGGAGAAACGGCGUAACAUGGAGGUGGAGGGUUUCAAAACGGAUAUCAAGCUGCUCCGACAGCGGCUGCGGGACGUGGAGAAGCAGCUGUACAAGGUGACAUUGAACAUCGGACCCGACCAGGAUCUCGCCAUCCUCAACGCCGUCCGCCAGGGGAACAAGCGAUCGCACAAAAUUCAAGGAGAGUUGCGCAGUUUGAAAGCAAAGAUCUAUGGUCUGGAGAACGAGCUGAGAGUCGGAUGAGAGACCGUGUUUCGGCAGGGAGCUCGUUACCCUGGGAGUUUUAUUGGCAAGAUUCGGCAUGAAUUCCACACUUGUGGAAGUUUUAAUGAACAAAUGUAUCACCGUGGUUAUCAGACAAAGAUGGCAUUACGUAUAUGUACUGUAAUGUGAGUUACAGGUGACCUGCUGUGAAAUAUCUGCAACUGUUGCAGAGCAUAUUUAAAAGUUGGAUUCUUUUUUCUCUCUUGUUUUUUUUCUUCUUAAUUUAUUGUUUUUUCAUACAAAAAUUGAUCAGUAAAAAGAGCAUAAUUUAUUUACAA